CUGAUUUGAAGAAACACUUGACUAGUGACCGCUUAAUCAAGGAGUACUUUAAUGAUGAAGAAACAGUGAAGAUAAUGCAUUUGGAGGCUGCUUUAAAAAACUGCACUGUAGUUGAAGAUGCCUACAAGUUGGGCCUAUUUUUCUUUGUUGAGGGGGUUUUACUUGCACGAGAGGGCAAGUUAAAUGUCUGGAUAGAUUCGCUGAAGAUGGUGGAGGACACUGAGUACUUCUUUACUUACCCAUGGGGAAAGGUGUCUUUUAACAAGCUUAUGGAUUCAUGUAAGAAAGACAUGCAUCAUCAGAAGAGGAACUAUGAGAAGAAGAAGGAAGUUAAGGGGAAACAGAAAGAAGCAAAAUACAGUUUGUAUGGUUAUGUCCUUGCAUUGCAGUAUUGGGCAUACGAAGCCAUCCAGCAGUUUGCACGUGAGUAUGGUAUUAACCAUGGAAACCAGUUUCCGAGGAUGCUCAGUUGGUCGAGCAAUAAGGAGCGUCCUAUUUCGAAGGCCGACCUUGCACCGAUGUUCAAGAAGACGAGUCCCCGGCCUUCGGAGAUAGAUUAUUAUAGCGCUCUGACGGAGGGUGAUGCUCCCUUGUAUCCCGGGUUGGGCCAAGAAGAAGAGGUAGAAACUCCCACUGAUUUUGAGAAGGUGGCGGAGAUAGCUGCUGAGGUUGCGAAGGCAGCCAAUAUUUUUGUUGAUGGUCCUGAUGAUGAGGAUACCCUAGUCCCCAUCGGCCCCAGCCCCAUCGGUACACCCCAGUCCUGA